AUGCCCAACGACGACCAAUAUCGCAAGGCCGUGCAAAGCGCAGUCGAAGACAUUGCUUCUAAGCGUCACACAAAAAGUUCAUCCCAACUCGUUAUUGAAGCUGUGAUUGAGGGCGUGAAGCUAUAUCGCAGUUACAAGAAGGAAGAGAAGAAGGAAAAGCGAAAAGACAAACAGAAGGACCAUAGGGGACGCAGAAAGAGAGACGGUAUGAAUGACAACCAAAGAGAUGGAGAUUACCAACGUCACAACCAUGCGCCCUAUGAGCGGACUGAUGGAUCAAGAGAGAGACAUCAGCGUCAACAUCACAACCGGCCGCGCGGUAGAGACCAUGAACAAUAUAGUGACAGCUCACACAGUAGGUAUCAGUGUGGUUCCAACGAGGAGCAUUACAAAGAUAGAAAAAGAGAUUGCCCAGUAAGUCGCGCAAGUAGGUAUCAAACCCCGUGGCAGGAACUGAAAAAAGAGAAUGCUCAAACAUCCCAUCCCCAACAUCGUGACGGGAUAGAGGCCUCGAGAUCUCACCAUCAGUCUCGGGCCGAACAAAGACACCCAGGCGCGCGAACAGGAAGGAUAGGUGCAUCUGACUCUCCAACUCGUCAGCAGAGAGGUCCCGAUGGCACACCAUUCGGCAGCCUACCCAAGUACAGAUCCAAACCAGGCAUGACCUUUGAACUUGGCAAUCACUUCAUAAACACGUACAAGCAUAUCAAGGCCGAGCACGAUGCUGGAUACAGAUCGAAAGGGUUCAUCCAGAAAGCAUUGGAUGAAGUAAGGAAGAAGAAACUAGAGGCAAAGACUAGGGAAGAAAGGAUGAAACAUGAUUGGAAUAGAGAAGGGACCCUGAGAAAUGAUAAAGUUCGGAAGAAGCAGCCCGAGAUUGACGAACGGUAUAAGCAGCGAAUUGAGGUCUAUGAGUGGAAGCCCAAAGCUGCUGAGGCUGAGGCACGGGGGCGCCAUUACCGAAACCGAAAGGACCGUGGACGAAUGGGUCAAGAUGGUGAGCAAAGAUGGAGAGUUGCUGGUCAGAAGAGUAGUCAGGGCGCGCCAGUUCCUGUAAUACGUGUCCGAUCUGCAUCACCUGUUGGAAGUCCUGAACGAACAAUUCCUCCUAGUUAUAGAUCAAGGCCAUUGUCAAGACCCUCAGGACCUCAAAAGUCUCAGGUUAGGAGCAAGAAGGAGAUGUGUCAAUCUGGAGCAACAUCGCGCGAUCAUCAAAACAGUCAAGAAGCCCCGAUUCCGGGAGAUUACGAUUACGAAGACAGUCACAUUGAAUACAGAGAAACGCACCCUCGGUCAAAUAAUUUUGAUGACCCUCAACGCCAUGGUAUAGCUUCCUCUCUCGUAGGCAACCAAUCGUCAAUAGAGUCGGAAACCACCUCCAGAGUUUCGUCUCCCAUCAUGUCACAUGCGCCUCCACCUCCGCCUCCGCUACCCAUAUUGAGAGCGGCUGGUAAUGGAAGAGCAGCUCGACUCGAAUCCAUUCAAGGCGGAAUCGAGCAGCUCAAAGUAGCUUCUCCAAACGAAAAAGGCAAGUCGGCAAGUUCCAGUGCAGGAGGAGCUUUGUACGAGCAAACAGAGUAUAGCCAGGAGGUUGAAGAGCGAGAACGUGCUCAAGUAGAAGGGUCAAAUGUUGGGGGAGACGCUCAGCCAUAACCGAACAGAGCGUUCCGUCAAGACCUUUUGGAUGCACUCCAGAGACGGAAUGCUACAGGACCAGGUACUGUUGCCCAUAACUUGACGGCAAUGAGAGAUUGU